GGGAAAAUUUGUUGCCUUGGAGAACAUCAGCUGCAAGAUUAAGUCGGGCUGUGAGGGGCACCUGCCGUGGCCCAACGGCAUCUGUACCAAGUGCCAGCCAAGCGCCAUCACGCUGAACAGACAGAAGUACAGGCACGUGGACAACAUCAUGUUUGAGAAUCACACUGUUGCCGACCGCUUUCUGGACUUCUGGAGAAAGAGGAACCAGCACUUUGGGUACUUGUACGGCCGGUACACGGAGCACAAGGACAUUCCCCUCGGCAUCAGGGCGGAAGUGGCUGCCAUCUAUGAGCCUCCUCAGAUCGGGACACAGAACAGCUUGGAGCUUCUUGAAGACCCAAAGGCAGACGUGGUUGAUGAAAUUGCUGCCAAGCUUGGCCUGAGGAAGGUCGGCUGGAUAUUUACAGACCUUGUCUCAGAAGAUACCCGGAAAGGCACGGUCCGGUACAGUCGAAAUAAGGACACCUACUUCCUGAGCUCUGAGGAGUGCAUCACCGCGGGCGAUUUCCAGAACAAGCAUCCCAACAUAUGCCGCCUCUCUCCAGACGGACACUUCGGAUCCAAGUUUGUCACUGCGGUGGCUACAGGUGGUCCCGAUAACCAGGUCCACUUCGAAGGCUACCAGGUGUCCAAUCAGUGCAUGGCGCUGGUCCGCGACGAGUGCCUGCUGCCCUGCAAGGACGCCCCUGAGCUCGGCUACGCCAAGGAGUCCAGCAGCGAGCAGUACGUGCCUGACGUGUUCUACAAGGACAUAGACAAGUUCGGCAAUGAGAUCACCCAGCUGGCCCGGCCCCUGCCGGUGGAGUACCUGAUCAUCGACAUCACGACAACUUUCCCCAAGGAUCCAGUUUACACUUUUUCUAUCUCGCAAAAUCCAUUUCCUAUUGAAAACCGGGAUGUGCUGGGUGAGACACAGGACUUCCAUAGUUUGGCUGCCUACUUGUCCCAGAAUACCUCGUCCAUGUUCCUGGAUACCGUCUCCGACUUCCACCUGCUGCUGUUUCUGGUCACCAAUGAAGUCAUGCCCCUGCAGGACAGCAUCAGCCUGCUGCUGGAGGCUGUGAGGACCAGGAACGAGGAGCUGGCACAGACGUGGAAGAAGUCGGAACAGUGGGCCACCAUCGAGCAGCUGUGCAGCACAGUCGGCGUGCAGCUCCCCGGACUUCAUGAGUACGGGGCCGUCGGGGGCUCUGUGCACGCCGCUCCGGCCGCCAUGUGGGCCUGCCAGCACUGCACCUUCAUGAACCCGCCGGGCACCGGCCACUGCGAGAUGUGCAGCCUCCCCAGGGCCUAGUCCGACCAGCAGGAGACGCAGGGCCUGCAGCCUGGGGCUUCCGGUCCCCGAAGCUUCUCCGCACUGCUCUUCUGGAGAGGGCGCCAGUGGGUUCUGUGGCCCAACGUGACCUCCCAGCUGGAACUGCCGCCGCCCGCUAGGAGCACCUGUGCAGCCUGGCCUGGCUCACAGCGCUGCGGCGUGAAGGCCGGUGCCUCCAGACCGCCACCCGGACCUGGGGGCACGGAGGGGGCUGCUGCCACCCGGCUUUCUUCACCCAAACUUUCUGAUGCUUUCUCUUCUCCGUCCCCCACCCCAGUUUUUGGUUGGGAGCUCCCGGCUGGCUGUCUCCUGCUGCUCUAGGGCACAAGCUGGCCUGGGAGGCCACGCCUCCGCAGUGGCCGCUGUGUAGACGCAGGAGCAGGCCUGCGGCCGACUUGCUGCCUCCUGUCACUCGACUCUCAGGUGGGGUGGUGACGCCUGCAUUGUUGUAAUAAGAGAUGUCUGCAAUUCCUGCCGGAAGACUUUAUUUAUUUCCCUAGGGUGAACCUGACAAGGCGGGGGAAGCCUGGUCUGUGCUGCUCCCCUCCAGUGAGGCCCUGGGGGGCGGGUUCCUGGCAGGGGAGGGGACGGGGCCGCUGGUUCCCUCUGAAGUAACCUCAGUGCCUGAGACUUGGACCGAGCCACAGGGCCGGCGGCUGUCACCGUCCCCGCGGUGGGGACAGGGUGAUGAGGGCCGCUCUGGGCCUCCUACCACGCCUCCGCUGGCCCUGGCCCAGUGGUGUGGCCUCUGACAGCUGGUCGUGUGCCGAGUGCAGGGCCAGGCCAUCACGUGCGUGCGCUGUGCUGUCCGGGUCUCCUCUGCAGCUGGACCCUGCUCGGUCCUCCCCGCCAGGGAGCCGUGGUGUCUCCUCGCCUCUUUGCCUUAACGACCUACGGAGAGGCUGGCCCAGCUACAGACACACAGGAGCCUCCCUCGUCCUGGGCACUGUGGACGGGGGCGCUGGCCGUGUGAACACCCAGGGGCAGCCCCACAGCGCGUCUGCGCACGUUGGUCUGGUCGCUGCAGACGGUCCUGGGGGCUGGGGGAGGAGGGCAGUCCAGCUAAGUAGGCUCUGCCCAGGCACCAGCCGUGCCGGGAGCCAGUACCCAGGCUGCCCCUGCUGUCGCCUCGUCUCCUGUCCCUGAAGUCAGCCGUGAGGCCGCGUGGCUGGGGCUCCCUCUGCCUGUGCGCCGACACCGUGCCCCCCUGGGCAGGCUCCGGACAGCAGGACUCGAGUCCUCGCUGCCCAUGCGCCCUCCGUGUGCCGUCCUUCACCAAACCACUUUGCUCUCCUCACCCCGUUUCCACAUAGCUCAUGUUUGCUUUUGUUUUUAGCUAAAGAAAAGUGGACUUCUGCUUCUGGUUCUGCCGUCUGUUCAGUGACGAUGGACGCCAUGCGGAGAGAGCCAGCGCUCCGUCACGGGCUGGCCUGCCGAGGAGGGGCAGCCCCCACUCGUCACUCGCCCCUGUGUGGACACAGCUUUGUGCCACCGGGGACAGCAUGCAGGAGAGGCGACGAGUGGACGCCUGUCCAGUUGGCACAGCGGCCGCCCUGGUCCCCUCUGGUGUUGGGGGGCCGGCCAGGCUGCCCCUGGGGCCCAGGUGCUCCCGCUUGUCGCCUCGUGGGGCUCACAGGUGUGUGGGGUUGACUAGCGCGGCCUCGGCCCUGCAGUGGAGCCUAAUAAAAGCGCCUGAAGCACU